AUGGCGGCUAGGUCAUCAAGGCUCAGAACAUGGGUUAAGAUGUUUGUAGUCGGUGGCGCAGUUUGCAUAGGAGGACCCGCGCUCGUCAGAUGGGUGCAACCUACUGACGAGGAACUCUUCCAGAAAUACAACCCGGAACUUCAAAAGAAGAGCUUGGAGAGGCGGUACGAAAAACAGAAGGAGUUCGAUGACUUCGUAACCAAGCUCAAGGAAUAUUCCAAAUCAGACAAACCGAUAUGGUUCGUCCAAAAAGAAGUCGAAGAAAAGCAGAAACAGGAAGCGCUGCGAAGGGAAUCUCUCGCCGCCGAAGAGGCGAAGGCGAGAAAAGAAGCCCUGAGGAACGAGUCUGGUCUACCGUCUAGUUCCAGUAGUUAA